AUGACGUCCUCGUACUCUUCGAGCCGACAGUCCGCACGGCCUAUGCGCCAAUCUCGAACCCGUAUUCCAUCAUAUCACGAGGAGACCACUCCAGAUGAGUCUGAGACCCAAGAGGAAUUGGAGGAUUCGGUUACGCGAUGCGGCUCGCUAUCACUGCGUUCCCGCAACACUAUAAAAAGACGUCAGUCUUACCGUGAGAAAUCCACUGACGAGAGCCUCGACGAGCUAUCGGAUAAUGAGGGAUUGGAUGAUCAACAUAGUCACAAUAACUUGCCAGCAAGUUCAUUGCCUCCUAAUCCAUCUUCUACCUCAUCUUCUGCGCCAAGACGCUCUCAACGCGCAGCACCCUCCCGCCCUCGCCAGCCUAAACGACCACGACCAACGCAAAAACCAAGAUCACUGGGCCAGCCUUUGAAAAAGCGGUCCAGAGUCAAUUCCGAAGAAGCAAUAUUUGUUGGCUCCGGCACAUUUCCGGAGUGGCAUACAUUGCCGUACCAGGUGCUGUUCGACAUCUUCGUCCAAGCAUUCUACCCUCUGGACGAUCCUAAAACCCACGCGACGAAAACGCCUGGAAAAACACCCGAGACAAAAUCCGCGACGACCCUACUGGGAAUUGCACUGUUGUGUCGGGGCUUUUCCGAGGCUGCGCUUGCUGCUCUCUAUUAUCGCCCACCGGUAUUCUCUGCCUUUGAUGGGCAUGGCUUGUUGAACCUACUUUCCUUGCCAAAAGAGUCGUUGUUCAUCAACUACGCUGGAAAGAUCAAAGAACUUUACAUUGAUACGGAAACUGUUUUAUCACUCAAAAGUGGGCCUACACUAGGCUACCUUGAUCUGAAUUCUUUGAUCAAGAAAACACCCCAACUACAUACGCUUCGCCUUUAUCAUCCAGAAGAUGCGGUUUUCGGACACCACCCAGUGACCCUUAAUCUGGCAAAAUGGAACUAUUCGCCGGCUUUCUUCUCUUCCAUUGACGAAAGUGAGAUCAAACUCCGGGCCUGGGAGUGGAAUGGUCGAUUUCUCGACACUCAGUCAUUGAUCCCUCUAAUUUCUGAGAGACAGUUGUCUACAUCAUUCCAGGGUAUAAAGGACAUUCGGUUCGUACAUAUUCUUAAUGACCCAGAGGAUCAUGAAAAGGAGGUUGCUCUCGCCACCUCACUCAAAGGGCUCCCGGAAUUAGAACGCCUGGAAUUCCAUGAAUGCCCUAUAGUGGCCGACAACAUGCUCGAACAAUUGCCGCCCACUCUCCGUUCGUUGACGAUAUCUAACUGCGACCGGAUCAACUUCAAACAUAUUGUUAGGCUCUUCAAACUACACGGAGAGCAGCUUCGUGAGCUGAACCUCAAUCACAAUCGGCAUGUAAGCUUAGAAUUCAUGCCGCAACUGGGGAUCUCAUGCCCUCGGCUUGAGAAAUUCAGUGUAGAUGUAUCGAUGUAUGAUACGUCCAGCUACCAUGACCUGGAGCCUCACUUCGAUCAACUGAUUUAUCCUGGUCAACGUCCAACUUGGCCAGAAAGUCUUCGAGAAAUUGAACUUUACCAACUCCGACAUUGGGGCACAGAUGUCGGAGAAAUGUUCUUCGAUUCUCUUGUCCAGGCAGCACCUAAGAUGAAAGAUCUACGGCGGAUUGAUGUCAGCGCAAUGUUCUCCGGCGGCUGGCGUGACAGGGCUAGAUUUCGCGAGAGAUGGCUUCGCCGCUUGGAGCAUGUUUUUUUGCGGCGUGCCCCUCCCCCAAACCCCGAUGGGCGCUCCCUACGCAAGCGCCCUCUCAUUCCUGCUCUGCCAACACUUGGUGACGAUAUGUCAGCCCAGUCACACAGCAUGCACAGUCCUCCACUAACUCCGUCCAAGCGCCAAAGCAGCCGCAUUGCCCUGCAAAGACUGCAUGAGGACACUGAGUCCGAGGAGGCAAGCUCAUCGGAUGCCGAGGCUGACCUCACUAACCUGCCAGAUUGUCAUGGUAUGUGUGAACAUGUCGGUCUCCGCAUUGAUAAUCAACGUCCGAACGAUCAUCAAUUUAAUGAGAACGACUUCCUCGAUGAUGAAUUAAGCGGCGACGAGGACUGGGAUGGCGAUGAUUUUGAGGCCGAGUCUGGCCAUGCCUGGUGA